UUUACUCUUUGGUUGAGAUUUGGUCUUCUCCUUGAGUGUUGAAUGUUACAGUUACUAUUUAUUUAACUGUAAGUGUUUGUCUUUAAUGUUUAAUUGUCGCAUUUAAUUAAUUAAUCAACUAAUUUAUUGUGUUUGAUUAGUGGUUUUCACUUUAAUAACAUAAAAUGCAAGGUAAACGUAAAAGAAUGAAAUCCAAACAAGAUGGUGAAGGUUCAGAAGGUGGUGAGAAAGACCCUUGCCUGUUGUGUGGAUCAGCUGACAUCGAUGAAUUUAGGUUGGGGAAAAAACAUAAGCACGAAGAGAUUGUUGCUCAUUACUAUUGUUUGUUAUUUGCUUGUGGCUUGGAGCAGAAUGGGAAAGAUGAAGAAGGUAUUCAAGGAUUCUUGAAGAAAGAUAUUCUCAAAGAAGUGGCCCGUGGAAAGCGACUCAAGUGUUCCUUUUGUCGUAAACCUGGUGCUACAUCAGCAUGUUGCCUGAGACAAUGUCGUACUAUGUUUCACUUGGGUUGUGGAUUAAAAGCAAAAUGCCUUAACCAGUUCUAUCAAGAUUUUUCCUCUUUCUGUGUUAAGCAUAGACCUAAACAAUCUAUAUCUAAAAGGUAUCUCGCUGAUCAUCUUCAAGAUGAAUGUCCAAUUUGUUAUAUGCCUAUCGAAGUUGAUCAAGACCCAGGAGCCUUUGGAUAUUUAAAGACACCAUGUUGUAAUGCACUUCUACAUCGACCUUGUGUCCAGAAACAAGCUCUUUCUGCUGGUUAUUUUUUCAAGUGUCCUCUUUGCAACAAUGAGAAAGCUUUUUGCAAGGAGAUGCAGCAUUUUGGUAUUUAUAUUCCUGAAAUAGAUGCAUCUUGGGAGCUUGAAGAAAAUGCUUUUGCUGAGUUGUCACAGCGUUAUAACAAGUGUGAUGCCGAGAAUUGUGAAUGUCCUGAUGGCCGAAAAUAUGAUAAACCUCAUACUCAGUGGGAUAUUGCAAUAUGUUGUAGCUGUGCAUCUCAUGGAGCUCAUGUUCGAUGUGGUAAUAUCAGUGAGACGGACAGUGACUCUUGGAUUUGUCCAGUUUGUUUCAAUAUCGAAUUUAAAUCGACUACCGAAAAUCCAAAGAAAAGAAAACUUUCCGAGACAACUAAUAUCGAUGAAUCGGCUUCUUCAUCUUUUCCUGGUAGAAUUAUGAGCUUAAAGCGAGUGGCCCAUGUACGAAACUCGAGUCCAUCCACUUCUCCCUCCAAGAUUGCUGUGUAAUCAUUACGUAAAAGUACUUCAAUUACUAUUAAUUAUUAUUAAUUAUUAUUAUUGCAACAAUUAUUUUCCAAUUGAUAUCAUCCGACUUGUGACUUGAACAGUUCAUCAUUUGUGACAUGUGAACUGUUAACUAAUCUCCCAUCAAUGUUUUUCUCAAUAUCCGAACUCUGAUUACACAUUUUCACUAUUUAUCUAAAAUAUUUCAACUUUGACACUUUGAUACUUUUUUUCAACUAUUUUCCAUAAAUGUCAAUCGAUUAAUUGUAUUCGAUUAAUUGCUCUGACAAGUGAACAAACAUCGACAAUCGAACAAAAUACAAUAAGAAUAAAAAUCCAUUCCAACGUAAAA